UGCAUUUUUAUCUAUCAAUACGACUUUUUGUCUUUAUAUCUCAUGAGAUGUUUAUUCCAUAGACGUUCAUUCUAAUUCACCAUUUCUAAUAAAAAUUUACUUAUUAGAAUACUUCGAAACUGAGUUUUUUAAGGAUAUUAUCGCUGUCUAGUAAUUUAGACAGAUUAAUAAGUUCAGUAUCAUAAUUCAUUCUUAUAGCGCAGCUAAAGAAUUUCAAUUCAAUUUGUGAAAAGAUCAUUAUGCAUGCAAAUAAUCUUUGCAAAAGUAUGCAAACAGUUAUUAUUUCGUAUUUAAAAUUAGGUUUGUAAAUAUUUUUAUAUGAAUACCUAAAUGAUGAUCAAAUUAUGACCUGCAUUCAAUGAUCUCCUUUAUUCUCUGGUAAAAGAAUAACAACUACCACUAAAAACAGGAGCUUUAUAUAUUCUUGCUAAACUUGCUGUUAUUGUAUAAGUCAAGAAUGAAUUUUGCAUGAAAUAUUUUGUUCUCUAAUUUGUAUGGAUAUUUCCAGAUAUCAUUUUCCUGGGCAAUUUCAAGAUACGGCCUGUAUCCUUGUCCUUGAGAAGAGUUAUUCUGAUAGAUUAUACAAUUUACUGGAAAGAAAAUGCUUAUUUCCAGAAAAGUAUAUAGAAUGGCUUCUUACUCCACACUGGAAAAAUGUAUCAUUACCUACUUGUAUUGAUUAUCCUAUAAAUAAUAUUAUUAGUAAAUUGCAAGUUAUGGGACAUGCAAUAGUUUCUUUGAAUUUGGAUAACUCUUCUUGCUCUGUGGAUAUACUUUCAGCAAUAAUUUGUUGUGUGCCAAAUGUUAAGAGCCUAAAUUUAAGAUGCACUUAUUGUACUGACCGUCUAUUAUCUCUGAUCAGGAAGAUGUGUGUUUCUCUACAGACACUGAAUUUAUCAGAAUGUAAAAGUAUUACAGAUGCUGGGAUGGCAAAUUUAUGCAAUGAGAAUAAAAAAAAUAGUGGUGAUUCUUUGAAAGUAUUAAAUAUCUUAAAAACUUCAGUUACUCAAAAAGGUGUUAUUUUGCUUUUAAAGCAUUUGCAUUCUAUUCAGUGGUUAAGUUAUGAAGGUUUGUCUAUAAUUCUGUACUCCUUACAUAAAUCAGAUGCAUAUAAUAAUCCUGUGAGAUACAAUUUGAGAAAUUUUGAGUAUAACCAAUCACCUGUAUGUUUGAAACAUGUAUUAGAAGUAUGGACAGUGAUGUGCCCAUUCGUUACCAGAGUCUGUAUUCAGGAUAAAAUAGAUGGAUAUGACUUACGAUUAUGCAAAAAAUUCCAAUGUCUAAAAAAGUUAAAAAUUGUAAAUAUUAAUUAUUUUCCAAGGGAAACUGUGAUAUCUCCAUUUAUUACAUUAAAAGGUCCUAUGUUAACAGAACUAGAAGUUAUGCAUGCUACGGUUUCAGUUGAACUGAUAGUUAAAUUGUGUUACAAUCUCAAGAAAAUAUUCUUUUUCAAUGUGGCUUUCGAAGACUUUAGUUCAUCUGAUCUAAAGGGUGAUGUAAAUGUGCUGAACAAUUUGACAUCAUUAACUGUGAAACAUUUAAAUUUUCAAAGAGAUUUUGCUUUUAAAUCAAUCUUCUUAUUAAUAAAAGCAAGCAAGAAUUUGAAUGAGUUGUAUAUACAUUUUGUGGAGCAUUUUUCAAAUUCUUUGGCAGAUAUUAUUUUAGAAUUGCCCAAAUUGACAGUAGUUGAUUUCUGUUUUGUUGAUAUUGAAAUUCCAGCUUUGCUACGUUUUUUGACACAUGAAAAUAUCACUAAAUUACGAACUGAUGGAUGCCCAGAUAUACCAAAAACACAGAAAAUCAGUGAUAAUCAGUAUGCCAGUACAUGUUCUUGGGUGAUAGACUACAGUGAAAUAGGAAGUGAAUCAGUAUGGGAUUGUUCUGUAUGGAGUGGAGAAAUUUCUUCAUAAAUUAUUUAUAUUCUCCAUGAAUUUGUAUAUGUAUAUGCAUUUGUAUAUAUCAAUUUCUGUGUACAUAUAAAUAUUAUAAAUGCUUAUAUAAGUUUUUGUCUAAAUAUAUUAUUAAAUAAAUUAUAUAGUUUAUUUAAAUGUUUUCUGGUUUGUUUUGUUGGUGUAUUGGAAAUCUGUAAGAGGAAGCAUAUAAAUUGUACAAUACUUAAAUAAAUCUGUAUUUUUAAUAUUAAGAGAAAUUAUACCAAAAUGUAUAACUAUGUUAGCCUUUGUGAUCAAUUGCUUCACCAAGAGUAUUUGGUUUACCUCUUUUAAUUGAAGUUUAAUACAAAGUAAAAUUAAAUUGUAAAAAACAAUUAAUGACUUAACCAGCACAAAUUUAAUUGUUAAUUGUAUUUCCUUUUUCAUCUUACCAUAACUUUUUUGAAAAAUGUAUUGACAAAGAUUACGAUUGCUAUACUCUGUUUCACCCUAACUUGGCAGUAGUGUAUAUUCUAGGCAUGCCGAAUCGCAGUCGUCGUCAGGGGAACAGGGUUACUUUAAAGUACAAAGUUACUAGAAAUGCAGAUCGCUGGCGAAACUUUAUCUCGCAAAUUUUUCGCCAAAUGGUAAAUAUUUAUUUACUUUAUCAUAUUAUCACUUUAUCAGAGAAUUAAUUGUUUCCUUAUUUUCAUUAUUUUUUCAAUAUUAUUGACACAUUAUUUUAAUAAAUCAUUAAAGUUAUUUCAUUUCGUUUCACUGUUUCUCAAAAGAAAACAAUAUAUCUUUCAAUAUUCUGUAAAGCGUAGUUCGGCUAAUGUUUUUGAAAAGAUAUUUAUAUCAUCGUUCACAUCUUUUAAAACUUUAUCUAAUGUUGGGAUCUCAUUUCUGCAAAAAAAUGCAUGGAUUUUUCGUCAAAUACAGAAUAAUGUAAAAUCAUCAUAUUUUGCAAGACCUGAAUGCUUAUCUACUGAGCCUGGUCGCUUCUUUCCAGGGCUACUUAAAGGAUGCUUUUAUUUCUUUUUUCAAAAGGAAAACUGUUCAUUGCGAAACAUCUGUAAGAUGCGAAACUUUAUCGACGAUUUGAUUAAUAGAAUCUUAAGGGUCUUCUCGGAGUCGAGAGUAAACAUUUAAUAUGUUUCUGCGUGCUGCACUUUUUGUUGGUUUCACUCGUCUUGAAGGUGUGCACAGCGUAGUCGGUGAUAACACUUUCUCUUUUUCAACCAUUUUAGAAGUUAAUAGAAAUGACGAAUCGAAUAAACAUUCACCAAACAAAACUAAUAACUACUAAUGCGAUUAAUAGUAUCAAAAAUAUCAGCUGCUAAAAAAGCGAGAAUAAAAAAGUACGAAAGAUGAUAAUGGUUGCGAACUGAAUGAAGUUGAGUUGGCGGAGACGUAAAAGAAAAGCGCGCCAAAUAUUUGACCUUGAAGACCGGUUCUAGCUAAAGUGGAAUUCAUUAUGUCAAUCUUUUAGUUUUAUCUGUUCGCUUUAUUUACAAAAUACUUGACAUAUAAGCACUUCUAACUUGAGAAUAAUUUUAAAUACAUAUUGAUAAAAAAAAUGAUUUCUGUAAUUUAUGAUAUUAUUUGAUAAAUUUCUGCGCAUUUUAACUAUUUUAAAGUCGGAAUUGAUGGGGAACUCUUUCCCAAAGCGGAGCGUCACAUUUUCUACCUUUAACAAUACUGCCAAGUUAGGGUGAAACAGAGUAUAGCUGAUGUAUCGAAUGCUAUAAAAAUAUUUUCAUUUCAAUAAAAUAUUAUAAAUACUUGACUACAAUUUAGUUCUCUCAAUUUUCAUUAGUUCUGUCUAGUAUUAUUUGGUCCAUUGGCCAAUACCCAUUCUUUUGUUUUAUCUCUAUAUCUUGAAUCAUCUGCUGCCAACAAACCUCGGAUGCUCCUUUUUUCCUCUCUAUCAUUGCUAUGACAUUAACAAUUGU